AUGUUUUGUUAUCUAUCUCUGCUUUUUUUGUUCGGAGGCUGGUUUUACAGCUUAACAGUUGCAAACCAUGGUGAGUUAACUUUGACAUUUUUUUUCACGUGUUAUCUGAAAGUUUUCACAGAUUCUCAAAGGCAUGGCAUUUUUUCUUAGUUUGGUGGACGCGUUUGCCCAAUGCGUUUGACUUCUGGUCGAAAUGUGCGGGUACCCGUACUAGCAAGACCUUUGCACAAUGUUCUUGAGAAAGAUACUUUACCCUCACAGUGCAUUUCGUUAACAAAGGUGUUAGUAACUGUUAUGACAAUCUGGCUAGAUGUUAAAGGUCUUCUAACAGCUCUUUAGGACAAUGUAUUUUAAAAACAAUGAUCACUUGAUCCUGAGAGAUGAUAUGCGAUAUGUUAAGAUGCCAGAACCCAACUUGAAAAAGUUGUUGAACCUACAUACAUUCACGUGCAGUUCAUUGACACUGAAGGCAAUUCGAGGCAAGCACGCAAUUUUUUUUGGAAAUAUAAGAAUUAAUUUAUAUUAAUUCCCUCUUUAAACUAUCAAUAAAUAAGUAUUGAGAGCUGAAACUCAGUGGAAAAAAAAAUUUUUCGUGGUUAUCGUCAACAAUCCAAAUGUUUGUCCUCAAAACAAUCGAGCUUACAGAAAAACGCUGAUGAAUAAUUGAUCAGAACAGAUUUGACCCUCAUCAGACCUGAGUAACUUGAGAAAUAAAAUUAAGCAAAUGGAAUUACCAUCACGGCAUAUUAAAAACGAAAGUUUUUUCGUUGUUUCGGCAAGAAUUUUCCAUUGAUUUCUUAAAAUAAAAUAAUGUUAGUGUACGUAAGUCUGAGAAGUACCAUACAUCGUUGCAUAUCUUCUUCUAAAAGUGUUGGACUUUAACUCGCUCUUCAUACGCUGCAAAACUUGAAUAAGACUGUUAAUUCUUUCAAAUGAUCUUCUUAAAAACAAAGAAAGCUAUUUCAAGAAAUGCUUCAAAAGCGUUGCCUGCAAACUGAACUGAAGCUGAGAAAAACGCGUAGAUUGUUUUGAUUAGUCCAAAGAAAACACCACUACACAUGCAUUUCAUUAAUGUGCAAAACCGCAAAAUAUUUCAUUCUUUUGUUUACGUUUAAUUUUAACGUUGUCAUCUUUAUGAGAUAUUGCGAACUCGUUUUUUUUCUCAUCGUUUCCCUCUUUAAAAAAAAAAGGUACACAGAAUGAUUGCUAAAAACCUCCCCAGAAAAGGCAGUUAGAUCGAACGGAGUAACUUUGACAUAUGUAAAAACAAAUUAAAUAUUUUAUUGCAGAAAAAAUUAGACGCAGGAGACGUACAAUCAGUCGCGCGAGUAAAAAAAACAAAUCGCUAAAAAAAAAUUAUUUCAGCACGGGAGCUCUCAGAGUGAAGUGUUUGUAAGAGCUUUCACAUUUUCCAUUUGAUAUCUUCUCCAAAAGGUUUUAGCUUUCCAAAGAUCGCAAUAGGAGGAAGUCAUGGAAAUUUUUGAAGAUUCAUUAUCUGUGCCAUCGUGCUUCCGAAAAACAAUGAAAACAAACCCAAAGAAAGACUGCAUGGGUUGAAGAAUUAUUCAGUAGUGGUUUUUUACUUUGCUGCUGAACGUAAGUGAUCCGAUCCCUAUCUUAUGUAUUCCUGCCUAACUUACAGAUGGUUGUCGACGUCUCAAGUUUCUGGAGCCAAUAAAUGGAUAUGCACUGAUAGGCCACGUCAUUAAAAACAUUUCAUUACCAGUCGGAAUGCAUAUGUAUAGUCACUGCAGAAAUUGGUGUACUAUGGAAGACAGUUGUACAUCGAUCAACAUGGUACCACGAGAAAAAAAUGAAAUUAUAUGCCAACUCAGUGACUCGGACCAAUUACAACAUCCAAAUGAUCUGAAACCGACGGCAGGCUUAAUAUAUAGAGGAACAGAGGUAAGAAUUGUUUGCUGUUCGUCAGCCUUGUUUACCUUUGAAGAGAUUUUCCUAAGCCUUCUGCGAGUCCUCACCGAAUCAGAUCAGGAGAAUUCAUAAUAAAACUUUUCAAAUUAGAGCCUAAGAACAUUGCAAUCGAACCAGUAACAAAAAAAAGAUCGCUUUGGGUGCCCUGUAGGAUUCAUCAGCAUAGAUCACUAUCAAUAACUACAGGCGUGUAAUGAAUCACCUGAUCAUCAUGUGCCGUUAGCUCAAGGCGGCUCAGCAACUAAAGAUAUUCUGAAAUAAUCAGCGUGAAAAAUUUAAGAACCUUAAGCUCUAUAUUAUUUUCCACCAGAAUAAGUGCUACGGCAACAAGUGCUACAACAACGCAACAUGCCUGGUUGGAUUUACAGACAAGGGAUAUAAGUGUAUAUGUCCUCUUGGAUACACAGGACAAUAUUGCGAAAACGGUAAGGUUAAGGCGCGAUUGCGCUGUCAUAAUUAUGUUUACUAAUGCAUGUAUGCACCUCUAUUGUUUCCGUUUUGGUCUCGUCUCGUAUGCUUCUAAACGCCGUCUAGUGACUUGGGAGUCAUCUUAAACACAUUGUGCCCUGUCAGUUUUAAUUUUCCUUCACAAGUUGAAUUUGGAGUCUCUUUUAUUGUCAUGAAACCUUCCUAUUUUGUUCCUCUUUGGUCUGCACUCGUUCAGGGUAACUUUUUCCCUCUCGAAGACCUUCUGGCACAGCUCAAAACCGACCAAACACUUAAACUGCGGUUGUAAGGAAAGGUUUAAUGGCCACGGGAAAAAACUGUACCGGUAACAAUGUAAUCCCUGUAUCCAUAUAAAUUUUUCCAGGCAUCCAAUUCAGCAGAUUCAUGGUCAUAUUUUAUUUUUUGGUACAUGUCUGAACGUGACGAGUGCACGAGUGUACCAACAGCGUCAACUGUUUUCACAGACUUUUCAUGUCUUUGCUAUUACCGAGGUACAGUGGCUACAGAUGUUACAAAAGGAGGAAAGGCCGCAGGAAAACGCGAAAUUACCUUUAGUUUUAUUUACAAGCAACACAGAUGGCUUAAGCGUACCAUGUGCAAUUUUGGGGUUGAAAGGUCAUUAACAGGAAUAUCUAAUUUAUACGCUAGAUAUGAACGGGUAUUUAAUCACGCUUCGGUUCACUGAGUCGAUAUUCCUUAAGUACUGAACGUUUGUGGGAUAAAUUUAGAGCGAAUUUCAGUCGAAUCGCGUGUGCCGUAAAUAAAAUGAAAUGAAAUAAGAUAAAUAAUAAUGUUAAUAAACGCGCCAUAGCCGCCUUAUCUCUUCAGGUCAAUUUCAACAUCACUUUGUCAACUUUGUUCGUACCGGGAAUUGUGCAUUAUAAAAAUAGGGAAGGCAGGUCAGCUGAACCGAUCCCGUGCACCAACCGUAGUCAAUCCAAGACCAAUAAAUUCCACAUAAGUCGUCUGAUCUCCUCCAAAUUGAACGAGUGCAAGAAAUAUCCGUAAAGGUGCUUUUCUGGUGACAUUAGUAAUACCUUAAUUGCUGUAUUACAGAUGUCGACGAAUGCCAAAAUGGUUUCCAUGAGUGCAUCAAGGAUGUGGCAACAUGUGUAAAUCAACUUGGAUCCUACUAUUGUAUUUGUAAUCAUGGAUACACGGAGAACGGAAAAACCAGUUGCAUACCUGAAGGUGAGUUAUUUUUUAUCACGUACGAGAAAAAUAAGAGGAAGAUAAUCAUCGGAAAAGUUUAACUCAUAAAAUAACAUAUCUUCCAAUGACUGCAUCUCCUCUUUUCGCCUCCUGUGUCUAUUUAGUUCUUUCACAUGCUAAAGUUAGAAAUAUAACCAAAUUUGAGCUAACUUAAACCAACCAGCAGUCUUCGAUUGAGUCGUAAAACCAAAACCAAACUAAUCAAAACCACUGACAAAAGCCAAUCACAAGAAAGGAAAACACCCAUAAGAGCCAAUGGGAACUCAAAGUAAAAACAACCAAAUUGCCUAAAGAGCGGGCGUCGUAGCAGUUGGUUUUAGGCUUUUUCUGAUUGGUUGAGAGAGUGUUGCGAGUUGUCUGAACCAAUCACAGAGCGAGGUACAGCAAAAGCAAUGCAAUCCGCGUUACUCUGGACACUGCAUUGAAAAAUGCUCUAAAAGAUGAAGGUAGCAUUUGUAAUAAUCAAUUCGCCAUUAAUGAUUAUUUAGAAUGUCGAGGAUACACAAAAUUGACAAACAACACCAGGAGAACCACGUAUGUCACCAGAACCAAAAAAUGCGACAAACACCUUGGUCCUGGGUGGUUUCGUUUCCAAGGAAAUGCGGGAACCAAGAUGCCGACUACUUGUCAACCCAUGUCGAGAUGUGGCACGUAUAAAACAGGUUGGCUGCGCGGCACUCAUCCAUCAGUGGCUGAAGGCGCAGUAAACAGAACAGUUUGCUUCCGAUAUCAUAGUUGUUGUAAAUACUCAAUUAUUAUUCGAGUGAGGAACUGUGGGUCGUACUAUGUUUAUUAUCUGGUUAAUACCCCAUUCUGUAAUUUAGGCUACUGUGGAACAGAUUGA